GGGCCGUGGGCAGGCGCCAUUUUGGCCCUAGAGGUGCUUCUGGGAAGUCGAGCGCGGUUCUUCACUUUGCCGGCGGCUUGUGAGGAGGUACGGCCCUCUCUGAUAGCUGGGGUUUCCUGGUCGUGGCGUCUGCGCCCGCCGCUGCGGACUUCUCCGGACUCUCCGAGGCUGAAGCGCUGCGUCGCCGAGGGAGGUCACUCCGUCAGGAAGGACGCGACGGGGGCGGCGCGUGGCGCGGACACUCCCCGCCGAGAGCCCGCCUGCCAUGGACUCGGAGUACUACAGCGGUGACCAGUCAGAUGAUGGUGGUGCCACCCCAGUACAGGACGAGCGGGAUUCAGGGUCAGAUGGUGAGGACGAUGUAAAUGAGCAGCAGUCCGGAUCCGACCCUGGAAGUGUAGAGCGGCAUUCAGAGAAUGAAACUAGUGAUCGAGAAGAUGGCUUGACCAAGAGACAUAAUGGAACAGACUCUGAGAAUGAUGAGCCCUCCAAUCUUAAUGCCAGUGACUCUGAAAGUGAGGAGCUCCACAGGCCAAAGGACAGUGACUCUGAAUCCGAGGAACAUGCAGAGUCUCCUGCCAGUGACUCUGACAAUGAAGAUGUCAACCAACAUGGGAGCGACUCUGACAAUGAAGAGCUUCUUAAUGGGCAUGCAAGUGACUCUGAAAAGGAAGAGAUUAGAAAGCAUGCAGCCAGUGACUCUGAAGCCGAGGACACUCUGCCACCUCAGGUCAGCGAGUCUGACAGCGAAGAUCCCCCAAGGCCCCAGGCCAGUGACUCAGAAAAUGAGGAGCCUCUUAAACCUCGGAUCAGUGACUCAGAAAGUGAAGAGCUCCCCAAACCUCGGAUCAGCGACUCAGAAAGUGAGGAGCUCCCCAAACCCCGAGUCAGUGACUCGGAAAGUGAGGAUCCUCCGAGACCCCAGGCCAGUGACUCAGAAAGUGAAGAGCUCCCCAAACCCCGAGUCAGUGACUCAGAAAGUGAGGAUCCCCCAAGGCCUCAGGCCAGUGACUCGGAAAGUGAGGAGCUCCCCAAACCCCGAGUCAGUGAUUCGGAAAGCGAGGGGCCUCAGAAAGGACCUGCUAGUGAUUCUGAAGCCGAGGGUGCCUCCAGACACAAAUCAAAGCCAGAGUCAGAUGACAGUGAUGGGGAGCAUAAGAGGGAAGAUUCAGAAACACAGAGAGAGUCGGAUGGCCACACAGACAGAAAAAGACUCCACAGCUCUGACAGCGAGGAGGAAGAACCCAAAAGGCAAAAAAUGGACAGUGAUGAAGAUGAGGAUGAGGAGAAAGUAGCAAAGCGAAAGGCUGCGGUGCUUUCUGAUAGUGAAGAUGAAGAAAAAGCAUCAGCAAAGAAGAGUAGAGUUGUCUCUGACGCUGAUGACUCUGAUAGUGAUGUUGUAUCAGAGAAGUCAAGCAAAAGAGAGAAGACAGUAGCAUCUGACAGUGAAGAUGACGUGGGGAAAGAAGAGUCAUCUGCAAAGAAGAAUGAAGAGAAGGAUCUAUUUGGGAGUGAUAGUGAAUCAGGCAAUGAAGAAGAAAAUCUUAUUGCAGAUAUAUUUGGAGAAUCUGGAGAUGAAGAGGAAGAAGAAUUUACAGGUUUUAACCAAGAAGAUUUAGAGGAAGAGAAAGGCGAAACACAGCUAAAAGAAGAAGAUUCUGAUUCCGAUGAUAACAUAAAGAGAGGAAAGCACAUGGACUUUCUGUCGGAUUUUGAAAUGAUGUUACAACGAAAAAAGAGUAUGUCUGGCAAACGCAGACGAAAUCGAGAUGGGGGCACUUUUAUUAGUGAUGCGGAUGAUGUUGUGAGUGCAAUGAUUGUCAAGAUGAAUGAAGCUGCUGAGGAAGACAGGCAAUUGAAUAAUCAAAAAAAGCCAGCACUGAAAAAAUUAACCUUAUUGCCUACUGUGGUUAUGCACCUUAAAAAGCAGGACCUUAAAGAAACAUUUAUUGACAGUGGUGUGAUGUCUGCCAUCAAAGAAUGGCUCUCACCUCUACCAGAUAGGAGUUUGCCUGCACUGAAAAUUCGGGAGGAGUUGUUGAAGAUUCUACAAGAGCUACCUAGUGUGAGCCAGGAGACCCUGAAGCAUAGUGGGAUUGGCCGAGCAGUGAUGUACCUGUAUAAACACCCCAAGGAGUCAAGGGCCAACAAGGAUAUGGCAGGGAAAUUAAUCAAUGAGUGGUCUCGGCCUAUAUUUGGUCUUACCUCAAACUAUAAAGGAAUGACCAGAGAAGAAAGGGAGCAGAGAGAUCUAGAACAAAUGCCUCAACGGCGAAGAAUGAGCAGCACUGGUGGUCAGACACCACGAAGAGACCUGGAGAAGGUGCUGACAGGAGAGGAAAAGGCUCUUAGGCCUGGAGAUCCUGGCUUCUGUGCUCGUGCUAGAGUCCCAAUGCCAUCAAACAAGGACUAUGUUGUCAGGCCCAAGUGGAAUGUAGAAAUGGAAUCAUCCAGGUUUCAGGCAUCCUCCAAGAAAGGUAUCAGUCGACUGGAUAAACAGAUGAGAAAGUUCACAGAUAUCAGGAAAAAAAGCAGAUCUGCUCAUGCAGUGAAAAUCAGCAUCGAGGGCAAUAAAAUGCCAUUGUGACCUUGCCUGGGACAUAUCCCCAUCUCUAAAACAAUGCACAAUGGACUAUCAAGAAAGAAGAUACUUUUAAACGUUUUAGUGUGUCUCUAAAUGGUUCCACUUGUAUCGCCUGUUGUCAUAGGACUAACAUUUCUCUCCGUUAUAUUUAAGACCAGUUGUCUGCUUUGUACAGAAGAGUACUACUACUGCUUCUAUAAACUACGUAAUAAAAUUUCAUUCUGGUUUUGGGGGGUUGUCUCAUCAUUGUCUUAGAGAGGAAUCUGUGAGAACUAAAACCAGUCCUUUUUGCUACUUGAGUAUGAUAUAAGGAAUUUGUCUGGCCUUUAUCCUUGGCUCCUGACAAAGAAUAUCUCACACCCUUAGGAUUCUUAAAGUAUCUUCGUUAUACUCUUGAUUUGGCUCAUCAUAGGCCCCUGAGAUUACUCCAAGGUGAAGAUUGGUCACCAGAAAUAUACUUGGCCUAGUCACAUUGCCUGUUUGAUUAAUCACAUGCCUUUGUAUUGAAGCCCCAGUAAAGAAAAGAACUCUGGACAAGCCAGGUGCCAUGCACACCUAUAAUCCCAACAUUUGGGAGACUGACAUCGACAUAAGAGGAUCAUCAUGAAUUUGAGGCUAGCCUGGAUUACAUGGCAAGACUCUUACAUGCUCUGGACCCUGCAACUGUGUUGAUGUGCCAGAGCAACAAGGGCACAGAAGCUCUGCAUCAUCCUCCAGACCACGAAUCUUCAUUGACCUGGUUGGCCUAAUUUGUAUCUUUUCUAAUAAGACUUGUCAUAACUAUGUUUUGCUGAAAGACAGUGCUUUUUUGAGUUCCAUGAGUCAUUCAGCAAAUUUUUAAACCAAGAAGUUCUUGGUAACUUCCCACUUUAUAGCUACCCUGGAAUGUUGAUGGUCUGAAGAUACCACUUGCAGCUUGUGUCUGAAGUCGGGCAGUCUUAUGAAGGAAGCCUGGUCCCUAGAACUGUCAAUUCUUGCACUAACCCUGAGUACUUGGUAUCAGAAUUGAAUUGUGUACUACUGUGUAUGCCUAUAAUCUCAGCACUCUGGAAGUGGAAGCAGGAGUAUUGGGAGUUCCCUCAACAGCCUGAGUUACUUUGCAAGACCCUGUUCAAAUAAAGAUUGUGGUGGCCCAGCUGGGGUUGAAAUACAACAGCAAACUUUUUAUUUUUCUUGCUAAGAGU